AUGGCCUACAACAACUCUUCAUUCUCUGUAAAUAAGGAAUUGGAGGCGGCCAAUCACAUCCUCACUCAGAUAAUGUCCAAUAAUUCAAAUAUCACUCUUAUUUUCAUGAAUCGUAUCAAUGGCACAAUUAUUGACAUGCCCUCCUAUGAUGAGAUGAUACGUUAUCCCGUCUGGCUAAAGUUAAUAGACAGCAAUUUGCAGCGUGACAAGUACCCUGGCAUUCGCGAAUUUGUCUGUGAUUUCCGACUAAUGAUUGCCAAUUGUUUUCGCUUCAACGGAGUCAACACAAAGCUCGGUCGAAUGGCAGAAAAGCUGGAAACUCUCUUUGAACAGAAGCUUCAACUCCUUCCGUGUGAUUUGCGGGCAAAAACCACCAUGAGGGCUUGCUUAGGCAUCGAAGACCCGAAAGUAGAUAGUGACAGUGGUACCAUUCGCCGUAGGGCUACAUUGAGGCAUUAUGGCAGUGGUUUGGAUUCUCAAAUUUGCCCUGUUCGUGCUCUAAUGGAGGAGAUUGAGCACGCUCUAGAUCUUCCAGAUUUUACUAGCGGCUUUUCCUCAUCUACUCCCACCCCAGCUAUUGCUGUACUCUAUGAAUCUGCUCCGGAUACUCCAGUGAAUAGCUCAAACAGUUUCGCUCUCCUUGUCGCCAGACUAACAGAAUGGCGUGUCAAACAACAUGAGGCUGAGUUGAUCUCUAGUUUCAAGGACUGGUGGUCGGCUAACACUGAAGCCAAGGAAAAACUCGAUUCUCUCCGAAAAUGCCCACAAUUUCUCGAAGUCUAUCAGCAUCUUUGGCUUCUUGAUCCCUUUAUUGGAAUUAGUGAUGCAAUGUGUGCAGGAACUGUGCUCUAUCACAAUGCUCACAAUGUGUUUACUAGUGGGGAUGGUAGUGUUGAUAGUGCUCUUAUCCCUUUCUCUUCAAAGUCAAUAACGUCAAACCGAACUUUCUGUUUGGCUGAAUUGGAAUAUGCUCUUGCAGGUGCUCCACAGGCCUCUAUUUGCCUCUCUGGGGCUAUCUCUGCCCUCAUAAACACCCCGAGACAGCGUGAAAUGGUCGAGGAAGCGAUUAAAGCCCUGAAAGUGCAUUCAGAAGACACGAAGCCAGCUAAUGGGAUGAAUGGAAACGGUAGUGCGAAGUCGGAGGUAUUCGACGAUCUUUCAGAUUCAGAUGAAGCCAUUCCAAGUUCGGGUAUGGGAGAGAAGGUUCGCGUUCCUCCAAAUAGGCGAAUUCUCAAUUCCCAUGUAAACACUCUCAAGGAAUUGGCUGUUCCCACCUACGAGACUUGGGAACGGCGGUUAUCAGCAUGGUUGGAUCAAAUUUAUGAAGAUUUAUCGUUGGAAAAACGACUUGAGGAGCCAACUAGGUCUGAGAGACGAUACGGGAUUUCGUUUGCAUUCUUUGAAGUCUGUGGCAAGGAAGUAAACCCCCUUAAGGAGAAACGCUUCCAUCAAUUAACUCUUCUUCAACAAGUUAAUAUUCUUCUUGCAUUAACAUCGUCACUCUUGCUAUCUAAUGGGAGUCUUUGCUUCUCAGAGAACUUACGCUUCUCGAUUGAUAAAGCUGACGAUUGGAAUGUUUGCAAUCCUACUGUUCUCGGUAUCGAUCCAUUCCGGGGCAUAACGUACAUGCAUUUCCCACAAAUGUUGUCAUCGGAGUCACCUCGAGUCUUCCAUUACCGAUAUCCCACGCCGGAUUAUGAUGCCAUUACCCCAGUACCUUCCAAUUUUUUGCCUGCUUUGACAAUCGAUACUGACCUCUACGCUCUUCCCACGCCCGUCUAUCGUCUUCCUUCAUGGAUGGAUAAAGAACUCGCACAAGGUGUCAUCUCUCACGUGCUGAAUCUUGUAGAAAAGGAGAUUGCAGUUUUGUCGAAUCGUAUUGUAAAUACUGAUAAGAAUAGCAAAAAUGCGAAGAAAGACAAACAGAAAAUGAACCAUCUAAAUCAGGUGCUAUUGUACUUUAAACCCGUUGAUCCAAAAACUGGUAUCAGGAACAAGUCAACUAAGUCCAAAUCGAAGAGUAGAAAGUCUUCUCUACCUCCAACUUUCUUGAAUGGAACCGUUCAGGAUAUUCAGCUUUCUGGAUUCACGUUUGUAGAUAAACUGACUUGUGGAGUGGUCCCUACUUCGGUUACUUAUGCUAGACCAUCCAACUACAUGUCCAAGUCAUCCAUGCGCCCAGUUGAAAGUACUGCCUCUCUAGCGGAAUCAAUUGCCAACACAACUGCUACCAACAUUUCUGAGGCGCCCACACCUAAUCCUCCUCCAUCCUUUUCCCAAGAAGAAGAUGAUAAUUCAAAUUUCCAACCUAGUAGCAAUAACAGUGAUGUCAAUUUCCAACCAGACACUCUGGAGAGUGAAAAUAGUGAGGUUCAACCACCGUGUUCUCCCUCCACUGAAGCACUCUCUUGUUCUCAAGAUGCCAUUCCCGUUAUGGAUGAGGAGGCGAAAGCGGCUGAAAAUGAACUUAUAAAGAAGACGGAUGAUUUGAUGGAACAAACUGAGACCGAUGACUAUAAAAACGCUACUGAGCAGCCUGAGGGUCAAGAGGGUAAGGUAGAGUUGAAAGCGGAGAUGGACAGAGCGAAAGAAAUAUAUAAUAUGAUUAUCAAAGCCACCGAGGUUGAAAUUGAUAAAGAGAAUUCUCUCUUUGAAACCGUGGUGUUUGACUUUGAUUCCCUCGAGAAAUUCACUGAGGAAGUUACCCAUCGGCUGAGCACUGCUCGCCAUUUGUUGGAGGCGUUAAUUGAGAAGUGUAAAAUCCAGGAUGAUCAGGACCCAAAACUUGAGGUCGACACAGAGCAGAAAUUCCAAAUCGAUGCUAGUGGUUCUACCCCAGCGGUCCCCUUGUCAAAUCCUCUUCGAAAGAUUGUCGAUCGUUUUACCUCGGAGUUGGGAGAUGUUCUUUACUGCAAUAGUAUCAAGACGGAUCGGGAGCUUAUGAAUUUAUUGGAUGGUUUAGAGAAUACUGUAAAGAAGGAAGAGGAUGAGUUCAAUGAGUUAAUCUCAGUGGCUCCUGAAAUCAAAGAGCCUAAAAAUACUAGAAAAAGGCGUAAUACUGCACCUUUGACUCUUCAAUCCCAAAGAAAGAAGGCUCGCAGAAGUGCGGCUGCAAAUCAAGUUGUCGACAAUGUUGAAGAGGAAACAAUUGUGGGUGAAAAGAAGUCCUCUCCGCAAUCACGUCUUGUUGAAAUUUACGAACAGGCUGUUAAUUCCCUCUCGGAGCUAGACAAAUUAUUGACUAAGAUGAAGGAGGAGGUAAAUUCAAAUCAAGAUGAGCGACUUACAACCGAACGAACUGCUGGAAUGCUCCUUCGAAAGGACAUUGAAUUUCGGUUGAAACCACCACCCGUUGUUGAGAAAAAGCGAACAGUUGUAUCGAUCAGAUGCCCAUCUCCUCAGAUACAGACCACCACCAGCCCUGCUCAACAACAGGAACCAGCACGUCCCACAGUCGUCUCAAGUCCUGUCCGACCCAUAAUUCGACCCAGCUUUAUCGUCCCUUCACCAGCUCGAAUUCUUCUUCCCUCAACUAAUCGGGGUACACUCUUUAUCCGUCGGCCAGUUUCCUCAAGUCUGCCCAUCCCCCGACCAAACCCUCCCCCACAUCCACAAAUUAGACCUCGUAUUCCUCCUUCGAGAAUAUUCCGUUUCUAUGGAAACCUCUUUACCGAAGAUGGAUCUCCCGUAAGACUCGGUUCAGAUGGGCGAACAAUGAUUCAACUCCCUCCAGAAAGCAUUCCACCCGAACAGCGUCAGGCAGUACUGGCUCAAAUACAGCGAUAUCGAAGUGCCACGGCAGCAUCGACCUUGAAUAGUAUUAAUGCUGGUUCUGUGAAUAGUCCCACAGUUACCUCUUCUGCUGCUACUCAGUCCAGGCCUUCGGUGAAUUCUUUAAACUCGACUGCGGCGCGAGACCACUAG